AUGAAAGUCAAGACCAUCAGCAGGUCUGCAGACACGUAUGUGCCCGCCAGAAACACCCAGGAACUGGCCUUGCCGCGCAACUUGAACCCCGCACUCCAUCCCUUUGAAAGGGCCCGCGAAUACACCCGCGCCGUCACGGCCACAAAGCUCGAGCGCAUGUUCGCACAGCCCUUUGUGGGCCAGAUGGGCGACGGCCAUCGCGACGGCAUCUACUGCAUCUCCAAGAACUUCCAGACGACCAACCAGAUCGCAUCUGGGUCCGGCGACGGCGUGGUCAAGUACUGGAACAUGAGCUCACGUGACGAGGCGUUGAGUUUCCGGGCCCACUACGGCAUGGUCACGGGGCUCGCCAUCACGCCGCGCCGCGGCAUGCUCUCGUGCGGCGACGACAAGACCAUCAAGUUGUGGUCGUUGCAGAGCGCGGAUUUCGGCGAGGCUGUGGACGACUUGGACGUGUACCGCCAGCAGGGCAACACGUCCGGGCUCCUCAAGACGUUUGCCGGCGAGCACGCGUUCAGCGGGUUGGACCACCACUUUUCCGAGGACGUGUUUGUGACCGGCGGCGCGGCCAUCCAGUUGUGGAACACCAGCCGCUCCAGCGCCGUGGCCAACCUCCUGUGGGGCGCGGACAACGUGACCGGCGUGCGCUUCAACAAGACCGAGACCAACGUGGUGGCCAGCUGCGGCCUGGACAACUCCAUCGUGUUGUACGACAUCCGCACCAGCACGCCCGUGCAGAAGGUGGUGACCGCCUUGCGCGCCAACGAUAUCGCCUGGAACCCCAUGGAGGCCUACCACUUUGCCUCCGGCCACGAUGACCACAAUGCGUACUUGUGGGACAUGCGCGACUUGACCAAGUCGCUCAACGUGUACAAGGACCACGUGAGCGCCGUCACCUCCGUGGACUUUUGCCCCACGGGCAAGGAGCUCGUCACGGGCUCCUACGACAAGACCAUCCGCAUUUACCGUGCCCGCGAGGGCCACUCGCGCGACAUCUACCACACCAAGCGCAUGCAGCGCGUGUUCGCUGUGGCCUACACCACGGACAGCCGCUACAUUGUCAGCGGCUCCGACGACGCCAACGUGCGCUUGUGGCGCGCCAACGCGUCCGAGCGCUCCAACGUCAAGUCCGGCCGCGAGCGCUCCAAGCUCAACUACGACAACAAGUUGAAGGAGCGCUACAAGUACAUGCCGGAGGUCAGGCGCAUUGCACGCCACCGCCACUUGCCGGGCGUGGUCAAGAAGGCCCAGGAGAUCAAGCGCGUGGAGGUGGACAGCUUGAAGCGCCGCGAGGAGAACGAUCGCCGCAACCGCAAGGACGGCAGCCGCCCGCGCGUGCCGGAGCGCCAGAAGCACAUCCGCGGCACCGCCUGGAAGGACUAG